UCUCAUACCAUUCUUUCUUCUCCAAUUAACCGGAAAAUAAAACACUCCCAUUAUAAUUUCUUCUCAAAUGGGUGAUUCUGUUUGCACCAGAAAACUGAUAGUGCAAGUUUGCAAUGCCAGAAAUUUGAUGCCCAAAGAUGGACAAGGCACAGCCAGCGCCUUUGUCAUCGUCGAUUUCGACGGCCAACGUCGUCGUACCAAGACUAAGUUCAGAGAUCUUAAUCCCCAAUGGGACGAGCAUCUCGAGUUCUUGGUCCACGACCUUCACUCCAUGCCCUCUGAAACUCUUGAACUCAACAUUUACAACGAUAAAAAAGCCGGCAAGAGGAGUAAUUUCCUCGGUAAAGUUAAAAUAUCUGCUACUACUUUCCUCAAACUUGGCUCUGAAAUUCCUCUUGUCUACUAUCCCUUGGAAAAACGGAGCGUCUUUUCUCAAAUUAAAGGCGAGAUUGGUCUUAAGAUUUGGUACGUAGACGAAGAGGCUCCUCCUCCUCCUCCAACGGAGGAAAAGAAGGAGGAAGUUGCUGCGGCGGCGGCGGCUGAAAAUCCUCCGGCGACACAGGGAGAUGAAAAGCCACCCGAGGAGGCAAAAGAAGAGAAACCCGCGGCUGCUCCUCCUUCUGAUGAAAAGAAAGAGGAGUCGUCGGAGAAGAAGAAGGAAGAGGAGAAGAAACCCGACGAAUCUGCCGAAAAGAAAGAAGAAAAGCCACCAGAGAAUCAGAAAAAAGACGAAGCACCACCACCAACACAGAAUCCACAACCAGAAGUACUGGAGCAUCCUCCGAUAGCUCAACACAAACCUCCUAACAAAAAGCCGAUAACAAAUGAAAAUACAAGCGAACUCAAAGUCCUUCAUAAGAAUCUCUCCAGUAGUGUGGAUCGUCGAACAGGGGCGUUUGAUCUUGUCGAUCAAAUGCCAUUCCUCUACGUUCGAAUUGUGAAGGCGAAACGGGCCAAUCAAGAGCCCGAUUCCUCGGCUUAUGCAAAGCUCGUGAUAGGAACACACAGUAUAAAAACCAAAUCACUCGCGGAUAACAAAGAAUGGGAUCAAGUUUUCGCGUUCGACAAAGAGGGAUUAAACUCAACAUCAUUAGAAGUCUCUGUUUGGGUCGAAAAGAAGGUCGCCGAUGAUAAAACUGAUGAGAAUAGCAUUGGUACGGUGUCGUUUGAUUUGCAGGAAGUGCCGAAAAGAGUGCCGCCGGACAGUCCGUUAGCUCCUCAAUGGUACAGUUUAGAAGGUGUUACCGCCGAUCAGAAUAACCCGCCGGGAAAUGACGUCAUGCUGGCGGUGUGGCUCGGGACUCAGGCGGACGAAGCAUUUAAUGAGGCAUGGCAAUCGGACUCCGGCGGAUUGAUACCGGAAACCCGAGCCAAAGUCUACCUUUCACCGAAGCUGUGGUAUUUAAGGCUAACGGUCAUCCAAACCCAAGAUUUGCAGCUAGGUUCGGGUGGAAGCGNCACCGAGCCUAAGGUUCGGAGUCCGGACCUCUAUGUGAAAGCGCAGCUCGGCGCACAGUUAUUCAAGACGAGCCGAACCACGGUGGGGUCCUCCAGCUCGGCUUCCAAUCCUACGUGGAACGAAGACCUUGUAUUCGUAGCAGCUGAGCCGUUUGAGCCGUUUUUGGUGAUCACAGUGGAAGAUGUUACUAACUGUCAAGUGGUGGGUUAUGCUAAGGUGCAGGUCACGUCCAUUGAUAAGCGUACGGACGAUAAAUCAGAGCCGAGAUCAAGGUGGUUUAAUUUAGUGGGUGAUGAGAAAAAGCCUUAUGCUGGUAGGAUACACGUGCGAGUUUGUUUGGAGGGUGGGUAUCACGUGCUUGAUGAAGCAGCACAUUUAACCAGUGAUGUUAGAGCCACAGCAAAACAAUUGUCCAAACCACCUAUUGGAUUGCUUGAAGUUGGUAUUAGAGGUGCUAAUAAUCUACUCCCUGUGAAAACAAAAGAUGGUACUCGUGGGACCACCGAUGCCUACGUGGUGGCCAAGUACGGACCCAAGUGGGCCCGGACGCGUACAAUUCUUGAUCGGUUUAAUCCGAGGUGGAAUGAGCAGUAUACUUGGGAUGUAUAUGAUCCCUGCACCGUGUUGACAAUUGGGGUGUUUGAUAAUGGGAGGUACAAGCAUGAUGACAAGAAAGAUGUACGACUUGGAAAGCUAAGAGUACGACUGUCGACGCUGGACACGAAUAAGAUGUACAUGGGUACUUAUUCACUUAUGGUGUUGCUUCCUAGUGGUGCAAAGAAAAUGGGUGACAUUGAGAUUGCUUUGAGGUUUACUUGUUCAUCGUGGCUGAGUUUGAUACAAGCCUAUACAAAUCCAAUAUUGCCAAGAAUGCAUUAUGUGCGCCCAUUUGGUCCAGCUCAACAGGAUAUCUUAAGGCACACUGCUAUGAGGAUAGUCACAGCAAGAUUGGCUAGGUCAGAACCUGCAUUGGGUCAAGAAGUGGUUCAAUGUAUGUUGGAUUCAGACACUCACAUAUGGAGCAUGAGGCGAAGCAAGUCGAAUUGGUUCAGAGUGGUCGGGUGCUUGUCUAGAGCGGCCACAUUAGCACGUUGGCUAGAUGGAAUUAGGACAUGGGUGCACCCACCAACCACAAUUUUGGUGCAUAUACUAUUGAUAGCCAUUGUGUUAUGUCCGCACCUAGUAUUGCCUACAAUCUGUAUGUAUGCCUUCUUGAUAAUUUCCUUAAGGUUUCGAUAUCGGCAACGUGUUGCAAUCACCAUGGAUCCUCGAUUAUCUCACGUGGAUGCAAUAGGUCCCGAUGAGCUCGAUGAGGAGUUUGAUGGAUUCCCGACGUCGAGGCCUAUGGAACAUGUUCGGGUUCGAUAUGACAGGUUAAGGGCACUAGCAGGGAGGGCACAAACACUACUAGGUGAUGUUGCAGCACAAGGGGAGAGGUUAGAAGCAUUGUUCAAUUGGAGGGAUCCUAGAGCUACUGCUAUAUUUGUGGUGGUGUGCUUAUUUGCUUCAUUGCUGUUCUAUGUCGUUCCCUUCAAGGCAUUUGUGUUAGGCUCAGGGUUGUAUUACUUGCGCCACCCUCGCUUCCGCCACGACAUGCCUUCCCUCCCCGUCAACUUUUUCCGCCGACUUCCACCACUCUCCGAUCAAAUUCUUUAGAUUUUGUUUUUACUGCACUUUCCCCGUGGCUUUGUUUUUGUUUUGUAAAACAUGGCGUACUAUUUUUUUAAUUCAGUGCUUUGGUUUCUUAACAAUAUGUGUAUUUUGAUACUUUGCCAAUUGAAAUGACCGUUGGUGUAUUAGGACAAAAUA